UAGACAGUUAAAAUACAAAACUAACCUCAGUAAAUUAAUCGAAAAUUUAGUUUUACCAUUUGUGUUUGUCCAGAAAAUCACUGUUGUAAACUCUUAACGUAUAAUUUAAAAUAUUAUCUACCUCAACUGAAGAACCAAAUAUGAAUAACAUUCUAAAGCACAUUUCCAUCUUGCACAAUCACGAACUUUACUCAAACGUGGUUAAAUUGGCAGAACUUACCGUAACAGUUUGUGAACAGAAACCAGACUUUGCAACACCUUCACAAAAAUUUCAACUCCAUGUUUAUUAUGCAGAAGCCCUGUUCCAUGUGGAGCGUUACGAAAUUGCCGAAAAAAAUUACAGUCAAGCUUUGCAAACACGAAAAUACAUGACAAAAAUAAAAAGUUCCUCAAACAAAAACAUAGAUGAACUAAAACUUAUGACUGAUACCGAAAUAAAGUUUAAAAUGUAUAAGUGUUACAUAAAGCUUAAACGUUUUUUAAAUGCUAUUGAAAUAUUAGAAAGCAUUCCAGCUAGAAAUAGGACUCCCAAAGUUAACAUGGCUUUAGGUAACUUAUAUAAAGAUGUUAACCAAGAUAGGGCAGCUAUAACAUGUUUUAAAGAAACACUAAAAGAGUGUCCAUUGGCUUUAGAAACUGCAGAAAAUCUUUUAAUGUUAGAUGUAAAGGGAGUUGAAGUUAAUGCUCUAAUGGUUGAUGUUACCAAUGAAAUUAAUUGGAUUAACUUAUGGUUGAGAGCUAAGACUCAGAUGCAUGCUAGAGAUUUCAAUAACGCCAUUAUGAUAUUCAAAAGUUUAGACUGCACUGGCAUGCUAAAAGACAAUGUUAAUCUUUUAGUUAAUAUGGGGUACUGCUACCACUAUUUAUGUAAUGAAAAUGCUGCCAUAUCAGCUCUACAAAGAGCUGUAAGAUUAAACCCUUUUCUGAAAACUGGACGAGAUUUAUUAGCUAAUUUAUUAACAACUUCAAAUGAUAAAGAGUAUUUAAAGGAUUUGGAAAAAUUAAUGCCAACUGAUAAUGAUACUUCGUUAUUAUCACAUGAGGACUGGACAGUGAUGGCAUACUACAUGUAUUCUCAAAAGAAAUAUGAAUUGGCCGUAUUUUUAACAGAACAAGCCUGCAAAAUUGAAAAAAGUGUCGAAGCUUAUCUGCUUAAGGCCAGAAUGUACACACAGCUUAACAAAUUUUAUGAUGCAUCUUCAGACUUAAGACAGGCUUUACUUAUUUGUCCUUACAGAUUUGAUUUGCACAAGGAUUUAGUUCAACUCUACUUAGCCACUAGUCGCUUAAGAGAGGGUAUUGCUGCUGCUAAUAACGCAUGUAAACAACUCAAUAACAGUCCCCCUUCACUUACGUUAUACGCAUCAGCCUUGUUGAAAGAUACUAUGAAUGCAACUAAAGCAAAGGGAAUCCUCGAAAAAGCUAUAAGUGGUGAUUCGCCCUAUUUACCAGCUGUUUACCUUCUAAUCGAUAUUUUGAAACAAGAGCACGCCUUUGAAGAUGCCAUAAAAUUAAUAAAGAAAAUCAUUGAUAACACUUCUUCUUCCAAACUACACCAACUGUUAGCAGACUGUUAUGUUCGACUUCAAAAGGAUGAGGAGGCUUUUCAUCACUACAACGUUGCCCUAAGGAUUGAUCCUUCGAAUCAAAAAGCUCUGGAGGGUAUGGAUAACAUUGGAUGUUCUAUUAAUACAAGCAAAGUGGAGUCUACAUGUUAUGUGACUGCUCAUGGAGACUCUAAUACUUAUCCGUCUCAAGCAGAAACGACCCAAGACAACGAGGGCGACCCUGAUAGUGAUACAGACAAUUGGCCAAACAGUGGUGGUCACAUCAUGUCUUUCAGUGUUUAAGUAAAUUAUGUGUAUACAUAAAACAAUAAUCAUCUUCAUGUCACAAGCCAGGCUUAAAUUUGGGCCUGACAUAGGGAGGAGGACUGGGUCUCAUGUGAACAUCUGAACUUAAAGGAA